CGAUCAGAUGCUCGCCGUCUCGCGUUGGACGACGUGCCGCGGGUGUGUGCUGCCUCUUUUGAGGCUAGUGAGGUAGUCGAGAGAAGACAGACGGCCGAGAACGACACGUUUUGCGAGGUUGCCUGCCGGUAGCCUGGAGUGAACUGGAGGUUCUACUAGCUGUGUGGAAAGUGAGUGAGAGUGCAUGUGAUCGGUACCAUUGCGCUAAAAAUCAUUGUGAUACAAAACGAUUUGUAGCAUCUUUAUGCUCAAAAAACUGUGAGGAAAAUCCCUUCCGUGCGUUCAUUGAUUCACGGUGAAAAUAAAAAUACACCCAGUGAGAGUGAGAGAGUGUGUAUGUGAGAGAGAGAUGGACGCUGACAGCAAGAGCAAAUAAACAAACGCUAGGAGAUUUGAACCGGGUUGCUUCGAUCCGAACGGCAAAAGUGCAGUAGCAGUUUCCUCGGGGCAUCGAUCAAUAGCAAUUCCGGAGCAUCGUUCGCUUCCUUCCGCUCGCAUUCCGAUAGCGGACGUCUGGUUGUUUGUUUGUGUGGGUGUAGAAGUGUGUGGGUGUGAGUGUGUGUGUGCGCAGUAUGCAAAUUGCAGCAACGCAUCUUGCCAUACCGAGGCAAGAUCUCGAAUAAUGAUCUUUCUCCGUCUCUUGAUGCAACGGACUUAAACGGUAGCAGCAGGAGAAUGCAGCUAAACGACCGUGUGUUGUAACACGUCUUCCUUCGACGAUCGUUCGAUCCCUGCGCCGAUUAGUGAUCCUCAUUUGUGGAGCAAUUUACGUGGGAAGUUGAGUACCACUGAUAUUAGUGUAACGACAGGCAAAUGGAUCCACUACCACUGUGUUCAGAUAAUCCCAACUACUUUAACGAAGAUGCCGCGUCCGGUCCGGCGGACGAGGUGGUGGAGCAAAAGAAGCACCGAUUCUACCAUCUAAAGCGCCUGGUGACCUACUCGAAGCUGAAACGCACCGCCACGAUCGCGGAUGGUGGGCGGACGGGCGGAGAGUACGCAGAAUCGCCUUCCCCGAUCCGCGGCACCACCUCCGGUACGAUCUUCCGCUACCGGAGCAACAGUGCGUCAUGCACGGGAAACGGCGUUCCAUUGGAUGGAUCACCGAACCUCCUGGAGGACGGUGCACCGCGUCCCAUCGUGAUGCGUCCAGCAGCAGCAGCAGCAGCAUCCCCACCGGAGCUGCUGUCACUACUGCCGCCAUUUGCCAGUGGACGUUCGGGGACGCUGCCGGAGCGGCGCCGACAUUCCUUCGGGACGUCGACUCAUCGCCUACAGCUACAGCCGCCAGCGCAACAGCAUCAGCAGUUGGAGCACAAUGGCGGCCGCGAACUGAUGAUGAAAAAUGAAACCUCCAUCGAUGAGGUACCCGACGUUCCGGCCCCGAAAGCACCCUGUCAGCCGGCUGGGAACACAUCCGAUUCCGGAACGCUGCUGGCGGCUGCAAUGGACGUGCUGUUCGUGACGGCGCGCCACAGCGAGCAUGGUAUGCUGUGGGUGAACCAUCUGAAGGUGUGCUUCGACAAGAUUACCAAGCAGCGCGGCAGGCUACCGUUCAAAUUCCUUCACAUCAAGCUAGACGAGGAUGUGGUACAGCAACCGCCACACGUGAUACAACAGUGCGAAUCCACCAAGCUGCAGAUCGUAGUCGUGUGUCCGGCGCUAAUGGGACUCGCGCCGUCUCUGCUGCACUCCAAGCUCAGCACACUGCUCACACCGAACCGAGUGCUUGGCAUGCUGCUGGACGUGUCCGAGAGUGCGGUGCACGAGUUCGCCAAGACCGCCCUGCCCGGCUACAGUCGCUGGCGAACCUGCCCGGUGCGCGAAAAGGAUACGGCGUUCGUGAGCGAACUGCUCGGCAUUGCUACCGACAUUCUCGGGAAGGCGCUACGGCAGCAGACAGUUCUGCAGCGCACGCCAUCUGGCACGGAACCGAAAACGCCCACCACACCAACCGGGCCCGCUGCCGGUGUCGGUAACCUCGCCGGUGCCGCAGGCCACGCAGGUAGCAGCCACCGUUCCCACGAGUCUUUUGUGCUGUUCCCGCGCAAGGUGAAGGUGGGCCAGAGCAAGAUCCUGCUGAUCCUGCACGAACCGCUCACCAAGGAGGACUGGAUAAAGAUCAAGGUGGAAAAGGCGGACCAAACGAUCGAGAUCACGAACAUCAAGCGGCGCAAUCCCUACACCAUACAGUUCAGCGUGCCAGAGGUUUGUAUGGAGAUAUCGAUGAUGAUUAAGAUACGGCUGGAGAAGAAUAAUGUCGAUCUGGGCAGUCGGCCGCUCAAGUGCGAGAGCCAGAUGCGCGAGCUCGAACAGAUCCUGUCGUCGAAGGAUGCACCGAUGGAGCUAAUCUGUCAGUCGGUCGGCCUGUCGACGAACGACCGGGACAAGCUGGAUCUGCUGCUGCUGAAGGCUUUCCUGCGGAACGUCCCACCGAACUACAACCUGCUGAACUACGGUAGCGGAGGCGGUGAGGCUGGGAUGGGCUGCCAUCGUGACAUCUAUCCGGAAGAGUAUCCGACGCUGUUGCACUUUGCCGCCAGAUGGGGCCUGGAGCGACUCUGCAUGCAGCUAAUCGAAUCGCCCGGCGGGGAGAUUGCGUGUGAGAUGCGCAACAUUAACGGUAGGACACCGUCGGACAUCGCUGAGGUGGCUGGCCACUACAAAAUCUCGAGCGCAUUGAAGAAUUUUUCGCAAAUGAACGAACUGACCACGAUGUAUCACUACUUCAAAGGCGUAAACGGAGCCGGCUCAGAUCAGGUGAUGAUACAACCGAAGCAGUUCGGUGCUGGUGCCACCUCAACCGUUCCGACAAUACGCACACAAAACAAAACGGACGCGGAGAAGAUUUUGUCCCACGUCCACGCGCUCAAGCAAGCGGAAGGUUAUAUCGACAUGAACUGUGCGAACGGUUCCGAUCAGGUGGACGGGGCGAGUGUAGCAAACAUCCACUACUUGAACGAUCGACCGUUGACCGAAUUGACACCGCCGGGGCCGGACGAGAAGGAUGUUUGCGGCGAAAAUGAGCACAAUUUCGAUGUGGCCCGAGACACGGACAGACGCUGCAACGGCUCGCUGCGGUCAAUGGAAUCGUCGUCCGAACGGUCCAAGUACGACAUCUUCAGCAACGAGUGUUCGGAUCUGUUGGAAAACUGUGAGGCCGGGUCAACCGCAUCGGCGGAAUGUGCCGGCAGUGGCGACUACAUGCUGCAGCCCUCGAACGCACCCUUCACACCGUCCGACCGCACACCGACGCCACCGCCACCACCGCCACUCCCAACCACAGCGGAACCGAUGGGCGAUUACAUGAUACAGCCGUCCAACAUCCCGGUGCACCCGUACUGCAACGUGCCGGAAGUGGUCGAUCGAACCGAACGUCCCGAAUCGGCAUCGCACGUGCGGCUAAGCUUCCGCAAGGAGGAACCAACCGAGGAUACGUACGGCACGACGACGGCUGGCCUACCGCGGCGCCGCAACACGUCCAGCUCCGAGGGACGCACGGUCGACGACGAGCUGCUGGAGAUCAUUUCCGACUUCAAGAACAACGUAUUCUCGAUACAGGAGGUGGAGCAGCUGGUAACGCUGUGGAAGAACCGCAACGACGUACAGAAAAGCUUCCGCGAGAAGCAGGACCAGCUGCAGCGGAUGCGUGAACACUACGAGCAGAUACAGAAGGAGCUGAAGGACAAGCUGAAGCGUCCGACGCCGUUCGAGCGGAUGCGGAGCUUCUUCUCGCGCACGAAACCACCCACCGUGGGCACCAAAUCGGGAUCCAAACAUCGGGGAGCAAACGGAGCGGGGGCAGGAAGUGGGUCGGGUUCGAACGAGCCUACCAGCGCUGAUGUGUGUGAUGAGAUUAAGUUCUCGAUGGCAGGGGGCGCGGCCAACGGGGGGUACGCGGUGGUACGACCGCAAAGCCUUUCGCUCAGCAUGAACAGUAUGGGAAGCGAUAAUUCAGAGCAGAGCAGCGGUCGGAUGUCAGCCGGCACGGUACACACGCCGACGGAGAGUGCCGGCAGCGAACGGCGUCUUUCGCACAGCAAAUCUUGGCCGAAAGGAACGCCCGAGAACGAGAACUACAUGGUACCGCCGUCACCGCGGCCCAUCAGCGAAGAGUUGCAUCUGGUGCGGGGGGUGCGGUUGGGAAGCGGAACGCUCGUCGGAGCCCUUAACCGCUGCAGCAACGGUAGCUGCUCGAGUACCGCCAGCAGCCACAGUAACCACAGCAGCCAUAGCAGCCAUAGUAGCAGCAGUGCGGGCUCGUGGGCCGGUGGAACGAAGCACGAAUCGCACUACGUAAUGUAUCCGUCGAAUGUGCCGGUGUUCGGGAGCGCGGAGUACAUGAACGUACCGGCAGCAUCCGGGGCGCACACCAAAGAUGAUGAGCGUGGCGUUACGGCGACGCCGGCACGACCGAAGCUGGGUCGUACACCGAGCGACACCGGUACGCCCCAUCUCGUCACCUUCCAGUCCAUAAUGGAGUGUAACGAAAGCGCCGACAGUGUGGAAAGCGUCACCUAGCGGCAGAUCGGAAGCCGACCAAGCGUGCUAAUAGGCGUGCGGUUGUAGGCGGCCUUCCGACGCCAAUCCCCCGGGAAGAAGGGGGAGGUUUGGCUUGGUGGUGCCGCGGUGGCCUCAUUGUUUCCGUCUCCAAAAAAUCCAAAGGUUAAUUGAAACGAUAGCAUAGUCGCUGUAUAUCGUCGCGCGUAUAUCGUCUUUAGAAGUAAAGGCUAAAGAAAGCGUAUCAAUAAAGAAAGCUGUGUCCCGGCAUGUACCGAAA